AGAAGAAAAGAUUAAAGAGAGAAGUAUGAAGAUAAACGAAGAAUUUAUUGUUGAAGACAUCCAAAUGGUUUAUAUUUUGGUAGACUUUGUGGGGACUCAAAUGUGAAGAUGAUGAUUAAAUGAUUCUAAUCUAUGGUUUGGUCCGUUAUUUAUUUAUUUUUCUUUUAGUUUUGGAUUCGAGUAGUGAGCUUUUUAAAUAGGUUGUCUAAUUUUAGAUUGGGAAAGAUUAUAUGAGUUACUUGUCUUUUUUCUUAAAAAAAAAAGUACGCAUAGAAAUAGAUACGUCAAAUCGCGUGUUAGAUAUGUAUCUGGAAAGUAUCUGAAAAUAUAGAUACGUCAAAUUGCGUGUCAAAUACGUAUUUGUAAAGUAUCUGGAAGUAUCGGUAUCCAAUACGUGUCUGAUACUGAUUCUUUGCCUCGCAUGAAGUAUCUGUGCUUCAUAGCCCAUUGUCUAUUUAUUUGAUUUGUUCCCUUGUAUUUUGUGUAUCAGAACAAUAAUAAAAAUAAGUCUCUAUCGUGGUUUUUUCUCCCUAUUAUAGGGUUUUCCACGUAAACUGUAUGUUCUUUUUCUAUUCUCUUUUUCAUCACACACACACAUACACACACUAUAUAAGGAUGGUAGAGAAUGGGAAUUUAAGAUUACAAAAAUAAAUCCCUUUUGGCUAAAAGGCUCUAGUGUUUCUCCCUUGAGGUUAAAUCCUUGUGGCAUAGAAUUAUUGCAAGCAAGCAUGGCCCUAUCCUCUCUGAUGGCUGUCAAAAUGGGUUAAAGACGCACCAAAAUCUCGGGAAAGAUAUUUCUUUUGAGCUAUCUUCCUUCUCCCAUUGUGUUCGUUGUGUUGUAAGGGAAGGUACAAAAACAUAUUUUUGGGAAGAUCAACGGGUGGGGGAUAAACCUCUUUGUUCUGCGUUUCCUUGUUUAUACCAUCUCUUAAAAAUCGUAGUUUGAUUCUUUUACUUGGUCGGGGAGUGAUGUAUCUUUCUUCUUUGGCUUUCAUCAUUAUUUGUCUGACAGGAAAAUGGAAGAGAUGGCCUCUCUUUUGCCUUUGCUUGAGGAGGUUAUUUUUAGGCGUGGGAGAGAAAGGAUGUUCAUGUUUGGAGUCCAGAUCCUUUAGAGGGCUUCUCUUGUAAGUCCUUUUGGUUGUUGGAUCCUUCUGCCAGUGAGUCGGUCUUUAAAUGUGUCAUGGAGGAUUAAGAUUUCAAAGAAAGUUAAGUUCUUCAAUUAGCAAGUUUUAUUUGGUUGAGUGAACACUUUGGAUAGGCUUUCGAAGAUGCCCUUGUUAAGGGGCACCUUUUUGUUGUAUUCUCUAUCGAAAGGUAGAGGAAGACCUAGAUCACAUUCUCUAGAGCUAUUUGUUUGCAAGGUAUGUGUGGAACUACUUCUUUCAGGAGUUUGAUUUUGUGAUAGCUUGGCAGAGGGAUAUUAGAGCGCGAUUGGGUAGUUCCUCCAUCUGCCUUUCAAAGAUAAAGGGUGUGACUCAUGGUUUGCCAGGUGUGUGCUUUGUGGUGGGACCUUUGGGAGGAGAGGAACAACAGAAUGUAUAGAGGUGUGGAGAGGGACCAUAGUGAUGUUUGAUCCUUGGUGAGGUUUCAUGUUUCUAUGUGGGUUUUGAUUUCGAUGACUUUUUGUGAUUAUACUCUAGGUAACAUUUUACUUAGUUGGAACCCUUUUCUUGAGUGGGCUCUUUUGUGAGCUUGAUUUUUUUAUAUCGUUAUAUUCCUUUAUUCUUUAUCAAUGAAAGUAGUUGUUUCUAUAUAAACUCCAAUAUGCAUACAAUAUAAAGGAUAAUUACAAAUGAAUCUGAAGAGAAAUCAAACAGAGACAUUCUGAAGUAAAUCACACUCAAAAGCUCAUCUAAGACUCCUCUAACCCCUUGAAAAUUAUCUUAUUUUGCUCUCAAUUGUUCCAAAUAAUAGUGAAGAAAAUUGCCUGCCAAAGAAGCUGACCACUUUUAUGAAGGAGAAGAUUGACAAGCAGUUCACCUUGGCAUAUUUUGUUUUUCUUCUAUAAGUUCUUACAGCCGAAUGGAAAUGUUACUCUCUACUAUCAUCGUAGAUUUAAAAGAAUGGCUCCUUUCCCACCUUAUACUUUUCCUCAUCCUUCCGAUGGUCGUCUCAAUUAUAGAUAUAGCAGUAGAGAAAAUUUCAAGCGUAAUAGGGGGACUGAUGAAGCUGCUCUCUUCUCUCGAGAAUUUGAAGAUACCACGAGCCAUUCAGAAAUGGACGUUUCUAACUCCUGUAGUUUUCAUCCAUCUAAUUACAAAAUACUUUCACAAACUGCUGAAAUUAGCCUGAACAGUGCCCAGGUAUCAGAAUAUGAAGAUGCUGAAUCAGAAUAUGGUUACCGAGAAAGUACUGUUUUCCAUUCUUCUCCUGCAUUACAACAGUCGAAAAUGGAGAGUAAUAGUGCUGAUCUCUGUGAUCCAAAAUAUCCUAUAUCAUUAGCAGAUAUUUAUCAAGAAAACUUUACGGCCUUUGGUGGGAAUGGCUUUCCGACUACAUCAGAUAGAAGUAAAUACAGCAAUAGUGCUGGAUUAGUUUACGAGCCCCACAAAAAAAUUUUCUUCUCUUCUGAGAAUGUCUUGGAAAGUAGUGCUACUGGAAUAUAUUCAUCCCAUCUGCGGCCAUCAUUUUCUACAUCUCAACCUCAACUUUUAGACGAUGUUCCAAAACAAGGUGAUGAGAUAGUGGGGCUGCUCUUCUCUGAUAAAUGUAAAAGGACAGUGUUUAAUAAUCACCUACAUGCGCAGGAAGAUUAUCAGAAUUUUCAAUCAUAUCAUCAGACCACCCAAAUGGAUCCAGAGACGCAAAAUGAUCAGUCAAUGCAAGAAUACCUCCAAAAGGUGCUCGCAAAUACAAAGCACAAAUAUCACCCGAACUCAAUCUCUGAUGGAAGGGUAAUAUUGGAGGGGAAAUCCAACUUCGCAAAAAAACAGCCUUCAUUAGAUGCUAUUACAACUGAAUCUCUGAGGAACAGUGAUAAUUUUAAUCAAUUGAUGAAUAGAGAACUAGGAGAUAUGGAGGCAAGCAUGCAGUCCAAUUCUGGAACAUACUGGAAUAGUGUUAAAAGUGAAGUUGGUACUUCCAGCAUCUCUUCUCAUACACAUCUGGAUGCAUGCAUGUUCAAUCCCUCCUCUCAUGAACAGCUCUUUCACAUUAUUGAUUUUUCGCCAAGCUGGGCAUAUGAAGGUUCUGAAAUCAAGGUUUUGAUAUCAGGGAAAUUCUUGAAGAGUCAACAUGAAGUGAAAAAUCUCAAGUGGUCUUGCAUGUUUGGCGAGGUGGAAGUACCAGCUGAAGUUAUAUCAAAUGGUGUAUUGCGAUGUUUUACUCCCAUACACAAGGCUGGGAAGGUUCCCUUUUAUGUUACACGUUCCAAUAGAUUAGCUUGUAGCGAUGUACGAGACUUUGAAUACCGAGUUAAGUGCAUACAAGACGUGGAUGUUAUGUACGAUCAUAGCAUCACAAAUGAAGCACUUGCUUUGCGUUUUGUAAAAUUAAUAUCUCUGAGCUGUUCAGACAUUUUGAUUGCUGAUCCCAACAGCCUUAGUGACUACAAUAAAAUCAGCGAAUUGCUAAAAGUUGACAAUAGUGAGUGGGAUCAGUUGAUAAAGCCCGAUGAGAGUGUUUCCCUCGAAAGCGCAAGAGAGUUGCUGCUUCAAAGGUUACUUAAAGAGAAGUUACACGUAUGGCUAUUGCAGAGAGUAAGGGAAGGUGGGAGAGGCCCUAGCGUACUGGAUGAGCAUGGUCAAGGUGUGAUACAUUUUGCUGCUGCACUUAACUAUGAUUGGGCCCUUCUACCAGCAGUAGUUGCUGGCAUAAAUGUCAAUUUUCGUGAUGCAAAUGGAUGGACAGCACUACAUUGGGCUGCACUCUUUGGCAGAGAGCGUGCAGUAGCUGCCCUCAUCUCUCUGGGUGCAGUUCCUGGAGCACCUGCGGAUCCAAGCCCCCAGUAUCCAUCUGGCAGAACUCCUUCUGAUUUAGCAUCCUCAAAUGGGCACAAAGGCAUUGCUGGUUAUCUUGCAGAGGCGGCCCUAAGCGCGCACUUGGAAUCUCUGAAUUUUGAUAAUCAAGAAAGUAAGGCUGCAGACACUUGUAAAGAAAAAGCAGUACAAACAGCUGCCGAGCGUGUCCCCACUCCGCAUGAGGGCAAUGAUAUGUAUACAUUGUCCCUCAAGGAUUCAUUAGCAGCCGUAUCUAAUGCUACCCAAGCUGCUGCUCGUAUUCAUGAGGUUAUGAGGGUGCAGUCCUUCCAAAGAAAGCAAUUGGAGGUGAACGAUAAAUUUGACGUUUCAAAUGAUCAGGCUCUUUCACUUUUACCAGUUAAGAGACGUAAUCCAGGACCACAUGAUGAGCAUGCUGCUGCCAUUCGCAUACAAAACAAGUUCCGUAGUUGGAAGGGCAGGAAAGAUUUUCUCAUAAUCCGACAGAGAAUUGUUAAAAUUCAGGCCCAUGCAAGAGGCCAUCAGGUCCGAAUGAACUACCGGAAAAUCGUGUGGUCAGUGGGAAUUCUGGAGAAGAUUAUUUUGCGUUGGAGAAGAAAAGGAAGUGGUUUACGAGGAUUUAGGCCAGAAACAAUAGCUGAGGACAGCAGCAGCAGACAAAAUACAUCGUUGACAGAGGAUGAUGACGACUUUUUGAAACGAGGCAGAAAGCAAACAGAAGAAAGGUUGCAGAAGGCUCUUGCUAGAGUUAAGUCUAUGGUGCAAUAUCCUGAGGCAAGGGAUCAAUACCGCAGGCUUUUAAAUGUUGUCAUGGAGAUGCAAGAAAUAAAGGGGAAAGAUGGUGUUCUAGACAAUUUAGAUGAAACAGCUGAUUUUGAUGACUUAAUCGACAUUGAAGCCUUGUUGGAUGAAGAUGCUUUCAUUCCUGCUGCAUCGCUGUAACCUAAGUUCUAAUUAUUAUGAUUAUAGUGUGAUUAAAUAAUGUCUCUCUUUCCCUCGAACAGUAUCCUCUCUGUCCAUAGAAAAUUAUUCAAUGUUUAUAAUAUUGAGAACUCAAACAUAAUUUAGAUACUUGAUCUCAAAA